AUGGCUCCUAUCACGGAAGAGGCCGUUUCCGGUCUUAAGGAUAUCAUCGGCAAGCUCGAGGCUCGGGUUGAGGAAUUGGAGAGCCGUCUCAGCAAUGGGUCUAAACCCAAGUCUGUUGCAGAGCAGAUGCGCAUGGUUCUGAUGGGACCUCCUGGUGCAGGCAAGGGUACCCAGGCACCUGCACUCAAGGACAAGUACUGUGUGUGUCACUUGGCUACCGGAGAUAUGUUGCGGUCUCAGGUCGCCAAGAAGACUGAACUGGGUAAAGAGGCCAAGAAGAUCAUGGACCAGGGUGGCCUGGUCAGUGAUGAGAUCAUGGUCAACAUGAUUAAGAGCGAGCUGGACAACAACACUGAGUGCAAGAACGGUUUCAUCCUGGAUGGCUUCCCUCGUACCGUUGCUCAGGCUGAGCGCUUGGAUGACAUGCUUGCUGCCCGUCAACAGAAGCUCCAGCAUGCCGUCGAGCUGCAGAUCGAUGAUGCCUUGCUGGUGGCAAGAAUCACUGGACGCCUAGUUCACCCGGCUUCUGGACGCUCCUAUCAUAAGGUGUUCAAUCCUCCUAAAGAGGAGAUGAAGGAUGAUAUUACCGGCGAGCCUCUCAUUCAGCGAUCUGAUGACAAUGCUGAGACCCUGAAGAAGCGCCUUGGAACAUACCAUGCUCAAACCGCCCCUGUCGUGGAUUAUUAUAAGAAGACUGGUAUCUGGCGGGGGAUUGAUGCUAGUCAGGAACCGGGUCAAGUGUGGAAGAGCCUUCUCGGCGUUUUCCGGCAGAACUAA